AUGACUUAUUACAAUAGAGGUACUUUAAACCCGAGGAGUAUCAUUAAAAGUUUAGACGAAUCUGGAAUACCAAAAGUUUCUGAAAAUCCGCCUGUUUAUCAAUUGGGAGAAAUGAGGCAUGGUUUUGACACAGAGACAACAGUGUUCAGACAAAAAGAUCGUCGGCUAGUUUCAAUGAUACAAUUGGCAACGCGCGAUUUCUGUUUUCUAUUUCAAGUAUAUAGAAUCACAGGAGGUCAUUCCGACUACUUUCCAAGACAAUUAAAGAAUUUUCUUUGUGAUGGGAGAAUAUUAAAGGUCGGUGUUAAUGCUACAGGCGAUAGUAAUUGGUUGAGAGAUUCGUAUGAUUUCGAGUGCAACGGUUUGGUAGAUUUGGAGAAAAUGGCUCACAGGAAAGGAUAUUCAGCGAAUUCGUUGUCAGAAUUGACAAGGAUGUUUGCUGAUCCUGGCCUUGUGCUAGAAAAAUCAAAAAAAAAACUUUUUAAUUAUAAUUUUGAUCAUCAGUAUUUGACUUCAGAGUUGAUCAUAUACGCUUCGGCGGAUGCCUUUGCUGGAUUUCAGAUUUAUGAGAAUUUGUUAAAAGAUAAUUUGAACGAGGAAUAUUUAAAUUACGAAAAGUUCAAUCCUAAAUCAACGGAAGAAGAGGAUGUUGAAUGUUAUGAACUUUUGAACAAGGAAUUGAUUAGAGGCGAUGAAUAUAGAAAACAUGUUAUAAUACAAAUACUCGAAAAGAGAUAUGACAGGUGGGCCAAAACCAAACCAAAAACAGAUGAUCGAUAUCUUGCAGCCCUUGAUGCAUUUGACAGAUUUAUUGAAAAUAAGUUGAUUAUCAAAGUAGAUGAAAAUGGCGAUGAAGACGAUAGGGAUAGCGAAACUGAUGAUUCUGAAGAAUCAAAUUUCUAUGACGAAGAUUAUUCAAAUAAUAACAAUAAUAGUGGUAACAAAAAGAGGAACGAAAAAAAAACCAAGAAAAAUAAAGUAACUGUGAAUCGAAAUAUAAAAUAUAAACUCCCAGGAACUUCCAUUUCAGAUUUGUUUUCAAGUAGUUAUUUUUUCGAAUAUUGUAAUGGAAAAGGAUUAACACAAGAAGAAUCUGAUUUGUUAAAGAAAGUAUGGAAAUUCGUUUUAUUAAAAGACAUACAUAAAGAUUCACUAGCUCGUGUAUAUAUGAACAAUAGGACGAUCGAUUCAAUGACACGCAAAGGUGUAUUUGUUUAUGGAGAAAAAUACGGUUUUGUCAUAAUAAAUCAGAUUUGGUUAAAAGAUUUUGAAAAAAGUUAUGAGAAUUUUAUUGAAAGUGAGAAAGCACUAUCGGAAAGUUGUAUUAUUGUUGAUGAGAAUAAUCAGCAGGAGAAAGAUUCAGCCUAA